CUGAGUCCGAGCGAGAUGGGGCCGCUAUGCAGACGACGCCGGGCGCGGCGGCGGCGAUCUCCGGCCAGAUCCGGUCGGGGAGGCGAGGCAGGGGCCAGAUCCUGUUCCGGGGACGGCGUGGAGGCGAUCUACGAGGCACGGGAGGAGGUCAGGCGGCGGGGCUUGAACUCCAGUAGGCCCCCUUUUGAUGGAUGGGGCCGCCCACAUCGCUAGCGACUCCUCGGAGGACGACAGGGCCUCCUCCUCCGCGUCCUCUACCGGUUCGGCCUCCUGGCGCUCCCGGCCGCACAAGUGGAUUCACCUGCGGGGGCGCCGGCGCCGGCGACCGUUGUCCGCUCGGAGAGGAGAGGGUGGUGAAGCCAACGGCAAGGGCGACGGUGACGACGUGCAGGACCUCGCGCUGCCGCUGGGGAGAUGUCCUUCGCGGCGGUUCUUGCCCAGGUUAUCAUAUGACAGAACGUCUGGGGUGAAAGCUAAGCUACUUCCAAUGGUCCCAAAUGAGAAGGCAAGAAGGUAUCAGCUGUAUGAGAAGACCCCCUCACAUGCCCAUUCCAUUCCCUAUGAAGUCAAAAGUUUCCCACUGAAUAUAUUUGGUACUAAAAUGGUCGUUAUCAACAAAGUACAGUCAAGAUCAGGGUGUGUGAGGGUUAAACAUGUUAAUUUAUGUGGCAUCAAGCUAUGUAUUAUUAAACAAUAUCCUAACUGA